CCUAUGCAUCAAAGCAACUCUGUUUAUUUGACAUUUUGACGUGGAAUAUCAACUGGGCACGAUUUGUAAGGCUGACACGACAACGAAACGUAACCUAUUCAUUAUUCAUUCCAGUGUACAUUUUUGAACCGUUUGCAGUUUCUAUUAAAUUCUAAAGUAACAUGGACAAAGUUGUUAAGUUCGCUGAGCCAGGUCGCGCUUUCGCCAAGGACUCGAUCCGUCUCGUAAAACGCUGCACUAAGCCCGACCGCAAGGAGUUCCAGAAAAUUGCCAUCGCCACUGCCAUUGGCUUCUGCAUCAUGGGCUUUAUUGGCUUUUUCGUCAAGCUGAUACACAUCCCCAUCAACAACAUUAUUGUGGGAUCGUAAAUGGAGCAGAUGUCGAGGGACCAGAACAAUAACAAUCAUCAAUACUAGAAUACAUCAAAUAGAUAUUUUUUCGUUAACAGCUGGCAUUACACUACAUACAUAUAUACAAAUACCUAUGUGCAUUCAGCGAAUGUCUUUUCUGCUCUCCCCUUUUCAUACAUACAUACAACAUAUAUGUUUGUGAAAGCGUAUUGAAGGGGUCUAAAAUCAUUUAUGUUUCUAUAUUUAAAGGAAUAACAUCGCGUUAGCAAUAAGAACCAAUUGUAAAAAGAAAUGCGUGACAUUUUUCAGAGCAUUGCUUUGGGCUUGCCCUGACCUGCCCAUUAAUAAAUGCGAGACACAUUUUCCACUA